CGUUUUCCACCGUUCCAGCAGUCAUUAAACAAUCAUGGCGGACUACCGAGAGGCGCCCUUGGCCACUCGGCCAAAAACAUUGGAUCCAAACGAAUAUUUUAACCUUUCGCCGGAGCAGAGGCGUGCCGAAGAAGCCAGGGGUGCACUGCGAGCAAAUCUGAAGCGCCAAUAUCAGCUGCAACUCAAUAAUCCGCACAGAAAAGAGCUCAUUGAAGACCCUGCCUUGACACGCUGGGUGUACGCACGAGGCAAUCCCUACGCACACUUCAGGCCUACAAACAAGACCUCUCUGCUGGGUGCAAUGUUUGGAGUUGUACCUCUCUUUGCCCUCUACUACAUCUUCAAGACAGACAGGGAUAGGAAGGAGGAGCAAAUUAAGGCCGGUACCCUCGAGCGCAAGUUCAGUUUGUCAUCCUGAGCCCGGGUGUAGAAAGACCCUCGUCCUGUGUGUUCUAGAGAUGAUGUCCAUGUGUGUAAUUAUUAUUAACCGAAUAAAAUUAUAUUGUCAAACCAGAGUUACGCGGCUUUCAUGUGUGAAAGUACCAUUUGCAUGUCUGCAGUUAUACACAGAGGCAACGAGGAUCUACUUGGAGACUGAAGGACUCGAUUCCCCCUUCUCACAUAAGUUCAGAUUGGCACAGGAAAAGAAAAUGCAAGACAUGCUGAUAUCAAUGAUCCCCAUUUCACAUAAAGCAAGACUAUAUAUAGUCCAAUAAAGAAGCACUGUAGUGUCAUUUAGAUAUUAAAGGAUAAUGGCAAUAUUGGUACAACAGUGGUCAGGGUCAUUAGUGGUCCUACCAAACACCUCUUAGUAAAACAGAAUGCUGGUCUAAGGUUGCCUCUUAUUGUUCCUUAAUUUUGCUGUUAUGUUUCUUAAAAAUAAAAAUACACAUGUGACGACAA